CAGCAGCCCUGACAGGGAGCCAGCUCAGCAAGAAACUUCCUCAGGAAGGCUCGGCGGCGGCUUCUGCGGCCGUUCUUUCGUCUCCUCCCGCCUAACAACGCACGAGGCAGCUCCACGCACAGGGCAGGCGGGUGCACCUCCCAUGAGUACAGCUGCCGCAGUGGUUCAUUCUGCAUCCGCACGCAGGUGGAAGGCACAGAAAAGGGACCCAGAAAGAGGCGCCCCCCCCCCUGCACCGCGCGCCCCGGCAGCUCUUCAAGACUGUCACCAGAGACGCACCGGGGUGGGCUUAAGUCGGCGGCUCAGGAGGCUUUCUCAAGGGCCAGCCGCAAUCCCCUUCCUUCUUCUUUGAAAAAAACCACGGCCCUCGGCAGCAGGUUCUUGGAAGAGAGGAAAGGCAGGCAUGGAGCUGAGUGUCGGAAGUGUAAUUGCUUAUAUCAGCUCUUCAAGCUCUGCAUCUAGCCCUGCUUCCUGUCACAGCGAAGGCUCAGACAACAGUUUUCAGUCCUCUUCUUCCCCUGUGCCACCGUCACCAAACAGUUCCUCCUCUGAGGGGAGCUGUAGUAGCAAGAGUAAAGAGCAGUCUGAUAGAAGAUCCUACAGUGACCAAUUAGAGAAUCACACUAAGGCAAAUCAAUCAAGUAGCAUCUCAACAGCAAAAAGUCAUAAUGGAUUUGCAAAAUUUAAUGGCAUGGUCUUGCUGUGUAAAGUCUGUGGAGAUGUUGCUUCAGGAUUUCACUAUGGGGUCCAUGCCUGUGAAGGCUGCAAGGGUUUUUUUAGAAGAAGCAUUCAGCAAAAUAUCCAAUAUAAGAAGUGCCUGAAGAGUAACAACUGCUGUGUAAUGAGAAUGAAUAGAAACAGGUGUCAGCAGUGCCGAUUCAAAAAAUGCUUGUCGGUAGGAAUGUCAAGAGAUGCUGUUCGAUUUGGCCGAAUUCCUAAACGGGAGAAGCAGAGGAUGCUAAUUGAAAUGCAAAGUGCCAUGAAAACUGUGAUGAAUACGCAACUCAGUGAUCACUUGCCCACUGAAGCAUUAAAAGAUAGCCAAGAAGCAUUGCUCUUAGUGCCUCAGGAACAGCUGAACUCCAAACUACAGCAAGAAGAAGAAACUGUCAAAAGGCUCUCUUCUCCUUCUCCCCUUCCUCCUCCACUAUGUCCUGCUCUUCCUCUACCCUCUGAUAUUGUCAAGGAAGAAGUGAUUGGCAUGGUAACUAGUGCCCACAAAGAUACAUUUAUGUACAAUCAGGAACAACCAGAAGAUCAUAUCACUGUUUUGCAGCAUCCGAAUAGGGAGAAAAAUCUUAAAUACUUGGCCCAGUUCAAUUCUGGUGGUGAAAUUGAUCAUGGUAGCAUAAGCAGUGUGCUUCAAAAUGGGAAUGUUAAACAUUUCAAUGAAGAGUAUAAAGGGCAAAACAAUAUGCACUAUCCAAGUGGGUAUAAUCUUUGCUUCCAUUCUAUGAACUUCGCCAAUGGCUUUACCACAAAAGGGUAUAAUACAAUGCUCGAAAAUGGAUUUUCUUCCAUUGAAACUCUGAAUGUGUAUUCCUGCAGCACUGGAGGCAGAAUGCAUCUGGUUUGCCCAAUGAACAAGACUCCUUUUGUGGAUCCAAAUAAGUCUGGUCAGGAAGUCUGGGAAGAAUUUUCUAUGAGCUUUACCCCCGCAGUAAAGGAAGUAGUGGAAUUUGCCAAGCGUGUUCCAGGUUUCCAAGAUCUUUCCCAACAUGACCAAGUAAAUCUUCUGAAGGCUGGGACCUUUGAGGUACUAAUGGUACGGUUUGCAUCCCUAUUUGAUGCAAAAGAUCGUACUGUCACUUUUCUUAGUGGAAAGAAGUAUAGUUUGGAUGAUCUACGUACCAUGGGAGCUGGUGAUCUGCUGAACUCCAUGUUUGAGUUUAGUGAAAAGCUAAAUGCACUGAACCUUAGUGAUGAAGAAAUGAGUUUGUUUACAGCGGUGGUCCUGGUAUCUGCUGAACGAUCAGGAAUAGAGAAUGUUAAUUCUGUGGAAGCACUGCAAGAAACACUGAUCCGUGCACUCAGGACUUUGAUCACAAAAAACCAUCCAAAUGAAGCCUCUAUAUUUACAAAACUACUUUUGAAACUGCCUGACCUGCGUUCCUUAAAUAACAUGCACUCUGAAGAACUUCUAGCCUUUAAAGUUCAUUCAUAGGCUUUCAGUUCUUACUUAUAUACUUGAUUUACCUAAAAUUGAUUGUUUUUAUUUUGUGCUAAAAUAUUUGUUUAUAAUUGUACAUGUUUCUGUGAAGGAUUUGCAUAAUAGUGGCAUGACCUCUUACAUGUAGUAAAUGCGUCAGGUUGAACCUUAUUUCAUCGCUGACAAAAUGGCCA